CUUGAAGAGCGAAGCGGGUGCAUGUGUGUGCCAGGGUUUGCCUUGUCAUUGUAUCCUGAGAGAAACGCGUGGUCAGCGGCCACCGACAGCUCCACUGCAGCCUUACCGGUACAUGGUUCUGAGUUAAGUCCGACUUUAGGCUAGACAUGGACACUGGAAAGAGUGUCGAGGUUUUAAAUGCAUCAGAAAGUCCACAGCAAGAGGACACUGACAUGGAAAAAGGGAUUGUGUCAAAGUUGGAGACUCCAGAAGAAUUCUCAGAGCCUGAGAACCCCCCAGCUGUUGAGGAAGAGACCGAGCAGCUGGCGGUGAAUGGCCAUGAUAAAAAAGUCAUAAACUUGUCAGAAACAGAAGAGUUGAUUGUGACGGAAAAUGUUGUGCUGUCUGAGGAAAAAACUAAAAUGGGGGACAACUUGCCCACAGAAAAAUCUGAAAUGGAGUCUGAGGCUAGUUUGGUGGCUGCACCAGAACUAGAUGAGUCAUCUGAAAAGAUCUCUGAGCCACAUGCAGCUCUACACGCAGAACCAGAAAACAUCCAGCUCUUGCCAGAGAAUGACCCAGAACCUGUGCCAGUGCAAACACCUCUGGCUGAGAGUGCCCCUAAACCAGAGCCAGAGAAAUUGGCAGAAUCAGUUCCACAAGCUGAACCGCAAGAGCAAACAUUGCCUGAACCAACUGCGCUGCUGCCGGCAGUAGAUAAGCAGUCUCCUAGCAAAGAGGAGGUAAUGUCAGAACAAGUGGAAACUGAGACAGAAUUGCAGAUGACAUUAACUAGUGGGAAAGAAGAAGUUCCAGAAGAGAGGGUUGUGGAAAAAGAUAUCCUAAUUGAGCCUACAAAGGAAGUGGCAGAAGAAAAAGUGGCGGAGAUUGUGUUGGUAGCAGGAGAAAAAGUUGCGGAGACUGUAUUCGUGGCAGAGGUUGCCUCAGAGAAGCCAACAGAAGCUGUGACAUUGGCUGAGGCAGCAGAGCCAACAAAGGUUGUGGAAGAAGAAAAAGCAGCUGAGACUGUGUUGGUAGCAGAAGUUUCCUCAGAAAAGCCAACAGAAGUGGUUCCAUUGAAAGAAGAGGCAUCUGUGAAACCUUCAGAGGCCGAGAAGGAAGUUGAACCAGAAAAAUCAGUGGAGUCUGAUACUCUGAAAGGAGCUGAAGCAGCAGCUGAAACCUCUGAGAAGAACGAUGCUGAGGUUCAGAAGGAAGAGGAUGCAGUCCCUGCAUCUGGCUCCCUGGCCUUUGCCCUCCUGGAACAACAGAAAACCAAAGACUCCAUGCGAACCUCUCGUACACUUGUCGUCCUCAGAGGCCUUCCAGGAAGUGGUAAAAGCUUCCUGGCGCGUGCCAUAGCAGAUGCCUACGAAGACCACUGCACUCUUAUCACUGCUGAUGACCAUGGUAUAAAGCCAGAAAAUCCAGAAUCCUCUGUCGAUGGGUACAAGGCUCUGGAUGAGGCUGUGGUGGCCUGCUGCACUGCAGGGACCACCUCAUCUGUGCUGAUAGUGGUGGAUGACACCAACCACACCCAGGAUCGGCUGGCUCGCAUGGGGGAACUUGCCGAGCAACACCACCUUGUUAGUGUCUUUUUGGAGCCACUUACUGAAUGGAGCCGAGAUCCAGCUCAGCUAACUAAGAAGACCAGGCGUGGACUGGAGGAGGCCCAACUGGAGACCAUGAGGGGUCCACUAGAGGAAAUGUCCCUUCCUCUCUUCUUUGGCUGGUUUCUUCUCUCCUCCGUCCAGGACAAGGUCCGAUGCACAUCAAUGGACUUCCUGAAAACUCUGGACACAUUGGAGGCCUUCAAGAAACACUUGAGUGACUUCACUGGGAAAGCUGAGAAGGAGGUGGAUUUGGAACAAUACUUUCAGGCCAAAGGAACCCUCCAUUGCACUACGAAAUUCUGUGACUACGGAAAAGCUCCUGGUGCCAAAGAAUAUGCUCAGAACACAGCGGUCAAAGAAUUCUACGGUUCUGCAUUCGAGUUGUCCCUGAGUGCCCUCUUUGUGACUCCUCGCACUGUUGGUGCCAGAGUGUCCCUCACCGAGGAGCAGCUUCUGCUGUGGCCAGCUGAUCCCGAAGAGGAGGCAGGGUCCACCUCCCUGCCGCGGGGAAGCCGUGCACACAUCACCCUGGGAUGUGCCGAGCAUGUUGAGCCAGUUCAAACGGGUCUGGAUCUGCUCGAGAUCCUGACCCUGCAGCAGGAGGGCCAGCAGGGGGAGCCCAUCGAGGAGAUGGAGCUUGGCUCGCUGACCUAUUACGGCGAAGGAAGGUGGCUGCUCACCCUCAGGGAGCCGAUCUGCACCCCGGCCUGCUUCUCCAGCUUCUACGGGCGCAAGGAGGUAGAGCUGACCAAAAAAGAACCAGAGAAGAAGAAGAAGCAAAAGUGCACCAUACUGUAAAUGGCAAACAUGGGGAUGUGUGGCCGGGAUGACUGGUGAAUUACGGUUAGGCUUACUCUGUGCAAGGUUUGUGGGUUUCAGUUAUAGCCACCCUAAAUCCACAAGCUGUGUGCCUUUUUUACUGUUGAUUUGCACCACAACCUAAGAUGCCUUUAAUACAGACAGGCUUGUUGUCAACGUUUUUCGGUAUCUUGUUUCACAGAUCUGUUGCAUUUCCUGGCUAUUUGAUGAGGAGGUAGCUGCAGUUUUAGACUAAUGUAGUAUAGCAUCCCCCUACAGGUCCACAGUUAUCAACAACUUAGAUUUCCUCCUCGGUACAUGUCUUGUCUCUCAGUAUUCAGAUGUUAAAAAUUAGGUACUUUCAUUGCAUGCUUCCCAGUAUUGGCAUAAUAGCAACUGUAAGCCUUUCUAAAAGAACCUUUGCCGCUUAGUUGUAAGUGAAAAAGAUUAGCUGUCACUUCGGGACGUGUGUGUGUGUGUGUGCUGCCUAUGAAAUAAUUGUUACAACAGCAUAUGGGCCAAAGUUAGCUAAUUGAUUAAGUGUAUUAAAAUGUAUGUCAUUAAUUGAGGUCCUUCCUUGUAAAAUCUUUGCACAGUGCAUAGUUUAAAGGGAGAAUGCUGAUAAAUUGUGUUUGUUUUAACAGCUUGCACUUAGUUCUUAUCAAAUGCUGUGAAUCCAGGUUCAUAUUUUGCAAUCUUUUCUACUGUUCAAGGCUGCAUCAUUGAUCUGUUUUAUUGUCUUUGAACAGCACUUCCAUGUAUUGCAUUUCAAUUUGUAUCCUUUGUGUCUAAUUGUUGAAGGACAGUUCCUACUUUGUAGCUCUUGCGAAUCACUAUUUUUGCACUUGUUUUGUACACUUAAUAAAAAAGAACAUGCUUUGCUCCAA